ACUCACAAUUUUGAGAAUUAAUUUUUUGUUUAUUAACUUAAAACAAAGAAUGAAAAAAUGUCAAAUGAUGCCAAUGAAGCAUCUGUUUGUCUGUCACCGUCAUGCUUAAGAACAAAUAAAAAAAUGAAAACAAAAGAGGAAGAAAGAAGACACGCAUGACGCAUCACAUCACCAUCACAUAAGAAUAAAGAGAACAAUUUUGAAGGAACAGCAAACGAAGUUUCUAUUUUUGAUGCUUCUUUUUUACUGUAUGGGAAUUCCAUGUCACCAACAACAACUACCACUCCCAUGUCUUGUUUAUUAAUCCCACAACACAACAACAUCAUUUCCUUCUUCUCAUGUUUUCUCCAUUUCCCUCCAACAACUUCACAAAAGUUCCGCUUUCUUUCUUGCCUUGAGGUGAGGGAGGGAUAAUUCAUGUUGGUCUUCUCAAAAGUGAAAAAAGUUUCCUUUUUGAGAUUGAAAACAGAUACCCAUUUGCAAGAUUGAUAAAACCCAUAUAACAAAAUCAUGUUUUCAUAAUUGGGUAUGUUUGUGCUAUUGAAUUCACUUGAGAGAGAGAGAUCUAGUGUUGUUUAAGUUGAUUUUUUUCAGGGGCUUCAAAGGAGCUUUUGAGAAAUCUGUGUUCUUCAUCAUAGUUAAAUGGCGUCUGAUCUAAGCUCGAGGUUGUCAAAGAAAACAUCUGUUUUGGGGUUGGAAGCAUGGGAAUUAAUGGGGCUAAUAGUUGGUUUAUUCAUUGUAAUCAUUCUUCUAGUGUUAUCAAUAUGUCUUACUUCAAAAAAGAAAUCCAGAAGAGUCAAUGGCAUGCUUCCACUGAGCCACAGGUUAUCUGUUUCAGAAGAGAUCAAAGAGAUUAGCGUUGAUCAGGUUUCAACAAAUAGUCGUCCUCAGAAUGGCGCAUUUACGAGUCUUUAUGACAAAUUUAGUGACAAAGAAUCCGAAAAUAUUUUGCUCCAAACGAAGAAUGGUGAAUAUAACAGCCAAUCAGGCUCGUUUAUUCACGUCGAGAAAGACGCUGCUGGCUCUCAAUCAGGUGAAGAAAAUGGUGCUAAGUCUCUUUCUGCACACAGGCUUUCUUUGACUUCGCCGUCACCUCUGUCUGGUCUUCCCGAGUUCUCUCAUCUUGGCUGGGGGCACUGGUUUACAUUGAGGGACCUAGAACUAGCAACAAACAAGUUUUCAAAAGCGAAUAUUAUUGGUGAAGGAGGAUAUGGAGUUGUUUAUCAAGGCCAGCUGAUCAAUGGGAAUCCAGUGGCUAUUAAGAAGCUACUAAAUAAUCUUGGACAAGCUGAAAAGGAAUUUAGAGUGGAAGUUGAGGCUAUUGGUCAUGUGAGGCACAAGAACUUGGUUAGACUUUUGGGUUUUUGCAUUGAAGGCACUCACAGGUUGUUGGUUUAUGAGUAUGUUAACAAUGGAAAUUUAGAGCAGUGGCUUCAUGGAGCCAUGCAGCAGCAAUAUGGUUUUCUCACGUGGGAUGCUCGAAUUAAAAUUCUUCUUGGAACAGCUAAAGCGCUGGCUUAUUUGCACGAAGCGAUUGAGCCAAAAGUUGUCCAUCGAGAUAUUAAGUCAAGUAAUAUUCUAAUUGAUGAUGACUUCAAUGCCAAAAUAUCCGACUUUGGACUAGCCAAGUUACUUGGUGCGGGAAAAAGUCACAUUACGACUCGAGUAAUGGGUACUUUUGGAUAUGUUGCUCCAGAAUAUGCCAAUUCUGGCUUACUAAACGAGAAGAGUGAUGUUUAUAGCUAUGGCGUAUUGCUCCUUGAAGCCAUUACUGGAAGAGACCCAGUGGAUUAUAACCGCUCAGCCGCUGAGGUAAAUUUGGUCGAUUGGCUGAAAAUGAUGGUAGGUAAUAGGCACGCAGAAGAGGUGGUAGACCCAAACAUGGAACCCAGACCAUCAACAAGUGCACUUAAACGAGUCCUUUUGACUGCUUUGAGGUGUGUUGAUCCAGAUUCUGAAAAAAGACCCAAAAUGAGUCAAGUGGUCCGCAUGCUUGAAUCAGAAGAAUAUCCCAUACCUAGAGAGGAUCGAAGACGCAGGAAGAGUAAUGCCACAAAUACUGAUUUGGAGGCGCAGAAGGAGACUUCUGAUACAGAGAAGAGUGAUCACCCAGAUUCCAAGUCCAGCGGAAAAAAUGUAAGAAGAAAUCAGCGAAAGUAAAACUACAAAUCAAAAGGCUAGAAGUACCUAUUCCAAGUGAAGGUACGCGCAAUUGAAUGAGCCAUUUUUGCAUUCUUUUCGUGCGAGCUUGUAUGAGUUAUGAUAACUGCCCCAUUUUACGUCAUAUUCAUGGAGCUGGAUAAGAGUUACUUUGUGAUAUACCUAUUUGGCUGCUAUAACUUGGAUCAUGUAGAUGUUAGGAUGUAGAUUAUUGUGUGUGAAUACGGGAUUCAACAGAUCUCUUACACCAGUUUGUAUUUUGUACAGAUUAUUUGUAUUCAUACUUUUCACCUUGUAUUUCUAUUUGUUUCACCACUCAUUAGGAUUGUAAAGUAAUGUUUCCUUGUGUCUGACACAAGAAAAUUAUGUAAAGCGUGAAGACACAAAAUAUGUGCCUUAUUAUUGUCUA